UAGUGUCUCGUAGUUGGCCAAAGACAUGUUUGAUGUUUACGACAGCUCCAGUGACUUACCAUGCCGUAAAGUGCUUUGGUGCGACCUGCCACCAGUGGAGAGCGACAGAAGGCCCCGAAAGCUUCUUAAAUUUAUAGACGAUGAAAGCAGGCGUAUCAAGGCUCCGUUUCAUUUUUUAGAGCGCGGUAUCCUCUUCCUCACGAUGAUUAUAGAGAACGUGGACGCCCUCAAGUCGUGGCUGGCGAAACUCCUAGAGCCAAUAUGUGAUGCUGACCCCUCCGCAUUGGCCAAUUACGUUGUGGCUCUGGUGAAGAAGGACAAACCGGAGAAGGAGCUCAAAGCCCUUUGUGCCGAUCAGCUCGACGUCUUCCUGCAAAAAGAGACUGUAGGCUUUGUGGAUAAGCUUUUUGAAUGUCUCACAAGCAAGAAUUACCAGGGGAACCCCGUUGUCAAGGAACUUCCAAAAGAAGCGGUUAACCUUCCACCGGCCAAAUCCGAUGUGUUGGAAAUUGAGGCUCCAGAAGAGGAGAGAGAAAACAGGCGGAGGAGAAGUCCUCUGAGAAACCGCUCCGAUUUCAACGAGUCCAGGAGUCGUGAUGACAGGAGGCGGGACGAGCGCAAGAGGCGUGAAUUCGAUCGUCACAGCAAGAGUGGCGGCGGCGACUCGCACCGCGAGCGGGAGCGUCACGAGCGUCGCAAGGGAAGCUCCCGCGGGAGGAGCAACAGCCACAGCCGCAGCCGGAGCAGGAGUGGCAGCCGGGGGAAGAGCAGAGGACGAGACUUCAAGUCGAAGUUCGAAGUGGAGAGGAAGGACGCAGACAACUAUAACUCCCAGCAGCCUCCGCAACUCACGUCGGCCCUAUUGCCCACCCCCCUGCGCCCCUUCUCAUCCACCGCCGGCUGUGCAGGGCCCGGUGGCGUCCCUUUGGCGACGCACGCGCACAUACCUGAUGGUACCACAGACAGCUGGUCCAGCUACUAUGGCAAACCGAGGCAAGAUGGCAUCGGCAAGAUGUUCAGCAAUAAGAACCCUUCACGCAAGCAGCGGUGCAGGGAUUACGACGAAAAAGGAUUUUGCGUCCGCGGCGACCUGUGUCUGUUCGACCAUGGCAACGAUCCUCUCAUCGUAGAUGACGUCAAUCUGCCCAACAUUAUCCCUUUCCCUCCGCCGCCCGUGAUACCUCCCGGUGGCCUGCCCAUGCCGCCGCCCAUCACCGAGCCACCCCCCUCACUCAGGAUACCGCCGCCGCCGAUGCCACCCUAUGGCCAGCCACCGCCACCUGGUGUUUUUUCGUUGACAGGACCUCCUCCACUGAUCGCAACCAGUGGAAUGGAAACCCCCAAUCACCAGUCGGCGAUCACGUCGUCUCCUCCAGUCGGACCGCCCGUUGUGAGGCUGCCACCUCCUCUUCCUUUGCCUCCUCUGCCUCCUCCCUCCUCUUCGUCGGUGUCGCUGCGUCCCCGUUAUGUCCAGUCUGAAUAUAACUACGAUCCAGAGGGCUAUAACCCAGAAUCGCCAGGACUGACUGGAGCAGGUCGCAACCAGUAUCGCCAUUUCAUUCCCCGAGUGCUGACGCAGCGUCCCAACCUCAUUGGCCUCACUUCCAAUGACGGACAAGGCUCCAGAGCUGCUAACAUAGUGAUCCAAACAGAGCCCGCCACUCCCGCCAGCACACCAGGAGGCAACAUGUCCUGUUUCAACUCGGAGCAGCACAACAGGAAGAGACCCAUGGGCUGUAUGAUAGCUGAGGGACGCAUGGUUAAAAAACCCUGGAUGCAAAAGCCAAACUUCAACAACAAAGGCAGCUUCCCAAAGAGGAACUUUCAUGUGAACACUAAGCUGGAGGUGCGCAAUAUCCCCCCUGAGCUCAACACCAUCAGCAAGCUCAAUGAGCACUUCAGCAAGUUUGGGACCCUCGUGAACAUUCAGGUGGUUUUCGGCGGCGACCCAGAGGUGGCAUUGAUCCAGUUCACAUCCAACGAAGAAGCCUGUCGGGCCAUGUAUUGCAUGGAGGCGGUGCUCAACAACCGCUUUAUCAACAUGCGCUGGCAUCGCAAGUUCAGCAUGCCAGGGGUUCACCAGUCAGAGCAGGGCGCGGGGAGCCAGGGGGCCACGUCCAUUCCCAACCUUGGGCCGCAGGGCAUGAAGCAGCACAGUACCUCCUCUUACGUGCUGAACAAGCAUCGGUCGCCAGCACUGGUCGGCACCACAAGCACGCCUGACAACCUGACCCCCAGUGCAGAAGCUGGCAAUGUGGCACCGCCGCUGACAAACACCCAGAAGGCCCCCUAUGCUUCCAACCCGCUGAAGUCGUCCUCCAAGUGCCUUGGGAAAACGGCGAAAGCGCUGGAAGCACAGGAAGCCCUGAAGAAGAAACAGGAGGCGUUGAAACUACAGAAUGACUUGCAAAAGAAGAAGCAAGAAAUGUUAAAGACACAGAUUGAGUGUCAGAAGGCACUGAUUAACCGUCUGGAGAAAAACAGGGGGAUGAAACCAGAGGAAAGGGCAAACAUCAUGAAGACACUUAAGGAACUGACUGAAAAGAUUGCCCAGCUCCAGAAUGAAAUGAAUCCAGCCUCCCAGGUCUCCAAAGCCAAUAACGGCAAGCCCAAGACCAAGACUGAAACCCAGAAGGAGCUGCUGGAUGCUGAGUUGGAUUUCCAUAAGAAGCUAAGCUCUGGCGAAGACACGACAGAUCUCAAGAGAAAACUGGGCCAACUACAGAAGGAGGCAACACAACUUGGCAUCCUGCGAUCUCCGACGUGUCGAGGCCGCGGCCGGGGGAAGGUUCCCCUGGAUGCGGGUUCCAUUCGCGCAAGGGGCCGCGGCGGUUCUGUUAACCGCAUGGUGGUGGACCACCGGCCCAGAGCUCUGUCUAUCGUGGGUGUCACUCAGGAGGAGAAGGAAGAGCUCACGUCACACUUUGUGAAAUUUGGUGAUCUCGAGGAUCUCCGUGACCAGGACGCCACCAGUGUCAUCAUGACGUUCAAGACUCGGAGUGAAGCUGAGAAUGCAGCCAACCAGGGAGCCAAGUUCAAAGGUCGCGUGUUGCAGAUUUCCUGGCACAAGCCUAAAACGCCCUCCGUCACCACUGAGCCCGAGGAGGAGGACUCCAAAGACGACGACUCCACGCAGAAGGAAGGUCGCUCCUAUGUGCCCGGCGAGGAGGAAGAAGAGGAAGAGGACGACGACGAAGACGACAAGUACGAAAGCCGAUCUUGGAGACGAUGAAGGCGUCCUUAACGACAGCGAAGACAAAUUGCAAUUGCGGAUAACCCAGAAGGACCCCCUUUUUUCUUAGAAUUUUCAACAGUCAUUUUAAGACUAACAGAAGUUGGGUUUUCGCAGCUCCCUCCUACCCCCUCUCAACAAAACAAUUUCACUUUUGCCGAGAAAGGCGAAGAUUCAGUUCUCCAAGAUAGUCUAAAUGUGCUAACUUUACUGUCGGCAAUGCACAUUUGCGUCUACUGUGAAAAGCUAUUUUUAUACUUUACUGUAUUUAAAACUUUCUUUUUUGGUGGAGGGGGGCGGGAAAUGCAGUCUCAGUUAAUUUAUUCCUUAGCCUCUAACCCGGCAAAAAUUGGAUACGGAAAUGAGAAACCAUUGAACUUAAAAAUGCUUUCAUUCCUUCCUUUAGCAAAGCCCCUUUGGAGACUUUCUAAUAACUAAUGGGAAAAUCACAUUGUGGUCAUUUCCUGCAAAUAUGUCAUAUCUUUUGUUUCCGGUCUCUUCUUCUCAAACAAAAAGACGAUUCAGUCAUUCCUAAAUAUUGAUAGACAGAUUUUUGAAUGUAAAAAAAAAAAAAAAAAAAUCAGUUGAUUUUAACAGCUGGAGAAUUAUAAUGGAAUUUCUUUCUUUGCCUUACACCCGUCAGCCCCUCGGCGGAAUUUUUUUACAAGACGUUUCACUUUUUCUUUGUUUUUAUGUAAAUUCUGUACAUUUGCUUUCGAACAUUUGCAUUUCGGUUUCCUGUCAUUUUAAUCUGGCGGAGGGAAAACAUGAUCCCGUUUCAUCAAAUCUUUCCCUGUCAAUGAUUUAGAAUUUCUAGUUUCCUGCGUUAUACUGUAUCAAAAUCCAACCGUAAUCCACAUAGUAAUGUUUACACGCUCCCUGAUGUGGAGUUGCUUGAGUUGCUAACCUUAACCCCAUUUAUUUUUUUGGGGGGAGUGAAAAACUAAAACCAAAAUACUAUUUAUUGAAGUUUUCCUGCAUGUAAAUACACUCGCUGUGUCCUUUGGAGUCAUCUUGACGCCUGGAUUAAUUUUCUCUCAAAUUCAUAUGUUCCCUGUUGGUUUUAAAAAGGACAAAGGUACAGGGUUCUUGUAUAUUCAGAGAAGUUACUCUCGAUCCCACAAUUUAUUUUUUUUUUGUACUUGUGUGUGUUUGCAAAUACACCGUAGUGUUGGGGGGGGGGGAAUGUUUAUCGGAUAAUAGUUUUGGAUUUGUUACUGUUUAUAUUCACAGGAUGUGGAUGGUGACGAUGUAUUUUUCAUGUCAUUUUGCUCGUAAAAAGAUGCAUUUCUAAUUUACAAGCAUGACUGCUUUUGCCAAUAAAGACGAAGGAAUGGGCUGCUUGGGGAAGAAAAGAGAAAAGAGGAAAAAAAAAGUACAAUUUGCUCUUGGGGAAAAAAAAAAUUAAAAUGUUUAAAAAAAAAAGUCACAUUGGCAAGUUUUGAGGAGAAAAAAAAAUGAAAGCAAAGCAAAAGCAUUCCAGGAUAUACCAUCUUAAAA